AUGGAUUCUUCAAGAAGACUUAGAAAGAAGACGGGCAGAUUUGACUGCAGAAUCUGCGGCAAAGUGUUCUCGCAGAAGAGCAACCUAAACGUUCACUUAAAGACUCAUUUCGGCGAGACCUACUCGUGCGACAUUUGCCACCGCGAAUUCGGUCUCAAGUCGACUCUAUAUAAUCACGUCAAGAUCCAUUCCGGAUUCAAACCCUACGUUUGUGACAUAUGCAGGCACAGCUUUAUACAAAAGGGAGAUUUAGUGAGGCACAUCAGAGUGCACACUGGCGAGAAACCAUACUGCUGCGACUAUUGUUUCCGCAGGUUUGCAGACAAGUCCAGUUUGACGAAACACGUAAGAAGAAUUCAUUCGGGACAAGGUAAACCGACGAUACUCGUCUGA